CUGCCCGGGAUUGCGACACAUGAGCAUCGAAACAAGAGGGCUUUUCACCGCUCUGCGCUUCCUUAAUGACUCUUUUAUGAUAUAGAUAAUCUUCUUUCUAAUACCUCCUUCUAUCAACCGGCCUGGCGAUCAUGCCUACUGGUUCUACCAAACACUCCGUCUCGACCCCUCCUCCAGUACCCUUCUUCCCUUGCCAUAUCCCUAGGCGGCACUCCUGAGUGAACAGCAACCAUGUUCGAAAAAUCCCUCUACGACCUCAUCCGCGGCCUCCGCAACCACAAGGGCUCCGAAAAGGAAUACAUUGCCGAGUCCAUAAAAGAAUGCCGCAAGGAAAUCCGCUCCAACGACAUGGACCUCAAGUCAACCGCCCUCAUGAAACUCACCUACCUCGAGAUGUUCGGCUACGACAUGUCGUGGGCCUCGUUCAACGUCCUCGAGGUCAUGUCGAGUCCAAAGUACCGGCACAAGCGCACGGGUUACCUGGCUGCUGUGCAGAGCUUCCGGAGGGAUACCGAGGUGCUCAUGCUGGCGGAAAAUCAGCUCAAGAAGGAUAUUAGUAGUCCGACGCCGACGGUGAUAAGCUUGCCCUUGGGCGCCAUCCCGCAUGUGAUCAAUCCGAGUAUGGCGAAUUCGGUGCUGUCGGACUUGCUGCCUAGGUUGACGCAUUCCCAUGCCGCGAUCAGGAAGAAGACGGUGGUUACCUUGUAUAGGCUGGCGCUCGUGUAUCCGGAGACGUUGAGGCCGGCGUGGCCGAAGAUCAAGGAGAGGUUGCAGGAUGAGAGGGAAGAUCCGAGCGUGACGGCUGCCAUUGUGAAUGUGGUCUGCGAGUUGGGCUGGAGACGACCGCAGGACUUCCUACCGCUUGCGCCAAGGUUAUUUGACCUUCUUGUUGAAGGAGGGAACAACUGGAUGGCGAUAAAGCUGAUCAAGCUUUUCGCAACCUUGACACCCCUGGAACCGAGACUCAUCAAGAAACUGUUACCGCCCCUAACGAAGAUCAUGAAGGAGACUUCCGCAAUGUCUUUGCUGUACGAGUGCAUCAAUGGCAUCAUCCAAGGAGGCAUCCUCGAAGCCGUUGAAGGCACUUCAGAAGGUGAAGAGGUUGCGCGGCUAUGUGUCGGCAAGCUGAGAGGUAUGAUGGUUAUGGAGGGUGAUGCGAACUUGAAAUAUGUUGCACUUCUCGCUUUCGAGAAGAUAGUGUGUUCCCACCCACAUCUUGUUUCCCAGCAACAAGAUGUUAUCCUGGAUUGUAUCGAUGACCCGGAUAUCUCAAUACGAAUGCGCGCUCUCGAUUUGGUCGUAGGCAUGGUCAAUUCGGACAACCUCACAGCCACAGUUGGCCGUCUUAUGCGGCAGCUUCGCAACGCCCCGAUUGCGUCCGCGCCGGAUGACCACAUGAACGACCGCGGGAGGACAUCUGGAGUCGUACCGUACGCCGAAUCGGACGAUUCAGAUGCAGAGGAGAGCCUCCGCCACGAGCAAAGAUCGAACCAACCUCCACCGCUUCCAGAGGAGUACCGCGUCACUGUCAUACGGAGGAUAUUGGAGAUGUGUUCGCGGGAUACAUAUGCCAAUAUCACCGACUUUGACUGGUACAUUGAUGUCCUCGUCCAGCUUGUCCGUGUAUCUCCUGCAACGAAAGCCGAAACAGAGAUAGAGGACGAGGAAGAUAUCGAAGAUUCCGACGAUGUCGGCCACGGCAUUGGGCGUCAACUUCAAAACGUUGCCGUAAGGGUGAAAAGUGUCCGAGCUGAAGCCGUGGAUGCAGCUCAGUCGCUUGUCAUGGUGGACCGUCGCGACCAGAUGUUCCCAUCCUCCGGCAACGGCGGCCUCAGCGUACUGGAAUAUGCUGGCUGGAUAGUCGGAGAGUACGCCAGCUACCUUACACAGCCCGAUGCUGUCAUGACCUCCCUGCUGCAUCCUACAUCCGCUCAACUUCCUUCCAGAACACUUGCUAUAUACCUCCAAGCAAUUCCCAAGAUCUUCGCAAGCAUAUCAGGCAACGACCAGAUAUCCUGGACACCGGAGCGAAAGACCUUGAUGACGCUGCUCAUGGCACGCAUAAUCCACUUCUUGGAACCAUUGUCCACACAUCCAAGCCUGGAGGUACAGGAACGAGCUGUGGAGUAUCUGGAACUCAUGCGGUUAGGUGCAGAAGCUGUGUCCGGUACCGCAGCCGGGGACCCACAUGGAGACUUCACAGACCCGCCCUUGUUACUCACACAGGCGAUUCCCGCAUUGUUCACAGGGGCUGAGCUCAACCCAGUGGCACGUGGAGCGCAACGCAAGGUGCCCUUCCCAGAGGGGCUGGAUCUCGACACGCCCAUCAACUCCAACCUACAUAGCUUACUUGCUCAAGCUGAACUCGAAGCGUUCGAGACAGAAGAAGACGAUGUAUACGCCGCUUACUCUGAACCACCUACUUCAUACCUUGGAGCAACUGCUCCUCAACCCAUCUCCGCGGCUGAGCGUCUGGACGCUAAGCAGCAGAAAGAAACUACAUCGUACCAAAACGCCGUAGAAGAGGAAUACCUUGAUGCAGAUAUAAUAGCGCGGAGGAAGGCAGAACGCAGGGAACGAUACAGAGACGAUCCGUUCUACAUUGAUCCUGACGCAAAGCAAGGCUCUGGUGCCGUCACGCCGUUGGCUAGCAUUGUCCGUGCAGGCAAUGAAGAGGUUGACAUUGACGCCAUUCCCAUUAUGGACCUUGAUCUCGGAAAUGGUGGUGGGAAUAGUCGACGCGCGAGCGAGCAGCAAGUCCCGCGCACCCGGAGCCCGCGGAAAGCACCUCGGAGGGUGGAGAUCAUGGGCGAUGAGACGCUGGGACCUGCCGAAGGCGAGGCUUCGUCCGGUAGGGAGGAUAUUGUUGCUUCGCCGCGGCGGCUGAAUAGCGGAUCCAAAGUGAAGAGGGGUCUGCUUGAAGUGGAUAGCUCGUCAUUGGGGGCACUGAGCCUGGAAGACGAUGAUGGCAGUGGACGACGUAUGACGAAGCUGGAUAUUGAGCGAAGGGAGCAGGAGGAGGCGGAGAUGAGGAGGGCGUUGGCGGAGGUAGAGAGGAAGAGGUUGGAGCUGCAGAGGAUGAGUGAGAAGGUGGAGAGUAAGGGGGAAGUGGCGGUUAAGAGGAAGAAGAAGAAGGUUCGGAAGGUGGACAUCGGCGGGGAGGAGCUCGAGAAUGCUGAGGCAGUGGUUGGUGAGAUUCGAGAGGAUGAGGGGGAGAAGGUGGUAAAGAAGAAGAAGAAGAAGGUUAAGAAGCCGGAGGAGGGCGAGGAGGUACCAGGUCAGGAGGGUGCGGUCAAGAGGAAGAGGAAGAAGAGGAGGGAGAUCAUGCUGGAUGAGGGUGGGGUGGAAAGUAGUGUGCAGGAUUGAGACAGCAAAUGGCAUGUCCUGACUGCGUGAUUUCGUCUGCUAUUUAGCAGGGAGCUAGACGGAAGAGAUACCAAAUGGCAAACAAACUGUUCCAAAGCAGACCUGCUUAGACGCUUAGGCAUUCGCGUGACCCCGAACCCAUACAAACUUUGUCCAAUCGUGACCUCAUGAUCCUCACCUGGGGUAUCGUACGUAAUAUACAUAGAUCUUCUCUCUCCUCAUCUUCCAGAUAUUCUCCCUUUCCGAAGUCCUAUCC